AUGGCCUCUUACAAGAUUUUCUUCGUGUUGUCUAUGAUCAUUGCAGUAUCCUUCAUCAAUUUCAGCUCAGCUGCUCGUCAUCUUUUGCAAGCACCAACAGCACUACCUUCAAUUCCUACGAUAUCGACAAUUCCUACAGUUCCUGCAAAUCCUACUAUUCCUACAAUGCCUACUAUUCCUGCAAUGCCUACUAUUCCUACAAUUCCCACAGUUACACCACUACCAACUGUAUUGCCUACUGUUCCAAACUUCACAUUACCUCCUUUGUCCGCAAUUCAAUCAACAAUUUCUUCUUUAUUCCCUAAUGGAAUCCCUUUCCUCACCCCUUCACCUUCUGCAACAACUUCCUCUACUACUAGCCCUUGA